ACGAACGAGCUAAAUGAAACACAUGUUUUAGUUUGAGUGCGAACGAAUUAUUUUAUAUACGAAACAAGUUGAUGUUACAAUGAAGAUAACGCUGCUACUCCUUAUUGUUGGCGUUUGCCUUGUAAGUGCAAAAUAUUUGCCCUACGAUUCAGAUGACUCUAACAGUUUAUUAAUAAGACAUAAGAGAUCAGAUUCUGAAGAGUCUGAUUCUUCUGCAGAUCGUGCCAGAAAUAGUGACGACAGCGAUGAAGAUGAUGAUUCAUUGGAGAAGAAAUUGAGAGAAAGGGAAGAAAAGCGUCGUGAAAAAGAAGAAAAGUUGAGAAAGAAGUUAGAAGAACAGCAAGAAAAGGAAAAGCGAAGAGAAGAAGAACGUCGUCGUAAAGAAGCAGAACGAAAGAAUAAACUUGAAGAAAAGCGUGCAGAAGAAGAAAGAAAAGAGCAAGAAAGAAAGCAAAAAGAGGAAAGGAAGCAACAAGAACGACUAGAAAAGGAAAAGCAAAAGCAAGAGGAACGGCAAAGGAAGGAAGAAGAAAAACGGAUCAAACAAGAAAAGAAAAAACAGGAUAAAGUAAUAAUUGACCUAAAAAAAGAAGCAUAUGAAAAGAAAGAAGAUGAUUUCCUUGAAACUGAAGAGGAAAAUUCUGUUGAAAUGGAAGAUCUGUGGAGAAGUCAUAUUUACAUGAAAUACGGCUUAACAUUGGCUAGUACAAACGCCGAGAAACAAGCAGCGUUAGCUAAGUAUAUUCAAGAAGAAUUGGGUCUUCAACCUAAUAGUACAAGAAGUGAACGUCGUCAGGCUAUAACAAAGCUAAUCCAAAACAAAUUGCAAAACGACACCGUGGCAAUUGAAGCAAUACGCAAACAAGUUUUGAGUCGUCUUAAUCCUAUUACAUUACAAAACUUACGAAAUGAUCUUGAAAGAGAGAUUGAAGAGAUAGAUAAUAAGACCAUUGUCUUGAAGAAUGUAAGCUUACCUUGGGCCGCUACUGCGCAGCAAACACUUGAUGAAAAGAAAAGUUUCUUACAAACAAUAUCACAGUUUAUGGCAAAUAUUAUACCAAACUGGUUUUCUGGUAAUAAUUCACAAAAUAAUGGAUCUGUUAGCACCGAACCAAAUAUUAUUAACAGUGGUGUGUCUACAGAUCAAGUACCUAAGCCAAGCGCUGUAAACAACAACGAAGCACAAUCUCCAAUAUCAUCAGCGAAUCCUAACGAUGCUAUAUCUGGAAGUUCUAUUAAUUCACAAAAUGACAUUUAUGUUAGCACUGGGGAAAACGGUGUAAACAAUGGUGGUUCUCCAAAUCAAGUCCCUGACCCAAGCGCUGUAAAUAACAAUAAAGCACCAUCUUCAGUACCUUCUGUAAAUGCUAACGAUGUUGCAUCCGGAAGUUCUAUUAAUUCACAAAAUGACGUAUUUGAUAGUACCGGAGCAAACGGCAUAAAUAAUGGUGGAUCUCCUGAUCAAGCUUCUAAGCCAAAUGGUGUGAACAACAACGAAGCACAAUCUCCAGUUUCUUCAGCAAAUCCUAACGAUGCCACAUCUGGAAGCACCAUUAAUUCACAAAAUGUUGUGUCUGUUAGCACUGGAGAAAGCGGUGUGAACAACAAUGAAGCACAACCUCCAGUUUCUUCGGCAAAUUCUAACGAUGCUACGUCUGGAAGUUCCAUUAAUUCACAAAACGAUGUAUCUGUUAGCACGGGAGGGAGCGGUGUGAACAACAACGAAGCACAAUCUCCAGUUUCUUCGGCAAAUCCUAACGAUGCUACGUCUGGAAGUUCCAUUAAUUCACAAAACGAUGUAUCUGUUAGCCCGGUAGGGAGCGGUGUGAACAACAACGAAGCACAAUCUCCAACUUCACCAGCAAAUCCUAACGUUGUUGUACCCGAAACUUCCAUUAGUUCACAAAAUGAUGGAGAAAAUUUCAUUAAUAAUGGCGUAUCUCCAAAUCAAGUUUCUGACCCAAGCGCUGUGAACAAUAAUGAAGUACAAUCUCCUGUGCCUUCCGUAAAUGCUAAUGAUGCUACUUCUGGAGGUUCUACUAUUCCACAAAAUGACGUAUCUGAUAGCACUGGAGCAAGUGAGGUAAAUAAUGGUGCUUCUGUAAAUCAAGUCUCUGAGCCAAGUGGUGUGAACAACUACGAAUCACAAUCUCCAGUUUCACCGGCAAGUCCUAACGAUGCUUUAUCCGGGAGCUCCAUUAGUUCUCAAAAUGAUGCACCUGUCAGCACCGGGGAAAGCGGUGUGAACAACAACGAAGCACAAUCUCCAGUUUUGCCGGCAAAUCCUAACGAUGCUGUAUCCGGAAGUUCAAUUAAUUCGCAAAAUGAUCAAUCUGUUAACACCGACGCAAAUGUUAUAAAUAAUAGUGGGUCUCCUAAUCAAGUGCCUUAUCCGAGCAGUGUAAACAACAACGAAGUACAAUCUCCAGUGUCAUCAGCAAGUGCUAAGCCUGUAUCAAGCAAUUCUGAGAGUGCAAAUACAGAUACAGUUACUGAUUCUUCUUUGAUUUCUACUAGUGACAAUGGAGCUUCAAGCAGCUCAUUAGGUAUUAAUGAUAACUUGGCAGGUUCUGGAUCAAACUCUGCUGUAAACGUGCUUCCGGCUUCAGGAGACAACACCGUAGUAGAUGCAAAUAAUGUACCAUUGUCUAACAAUGAACAAGCUGCAAUCGUAACUGAAAGUGCUACAACUGACAACAGCUUACCUGAAAAUAAUUUGGUAACAUCCAACCCAGGUAAUCUACUACCUGACGUAGUAGCCCCUGAAUCAACAACAUCAGAUGUGAUUUUAAAUCCAAGUCCCUCAAAUACUGUACCGAAUGAAAUUGAAGCAUCAAGUUUAGUGCCUGUUGGCUCCGCUACUGAGAGUAAUUUGGGUAAUUCCGAAGCAGUUAAUAUAAAUACAAAUGAAAGUUCAGCAACCAACUUAGUUCCAGCUGAUGUGAAUUCUGUAGAUCAAAUUGGUAACAGCAACCAGUCACCCUCUAACAAUCUUCCAACGACCGACAUUGAUCUAUCAUCAUCAUCUGGCAUUACGACAGAAACUUUAGGUUUGGCAGGAGUUGUUACAGAAAAGCCAGCUGGUAAUGUACAAGUCAAUAUAAAUACAACUCAAACGGGUGAAGGACAGAAUACUCAAGUACAGGAGAACACUGAUAAAUCCAAUAUAGGAUCUGGAAGUAGCCCAAGUAACAUCGAUGUAACGAGUGCAACAGAACAAAGUGCAACAAUCCCAAAUGAAGCUACUGAAAUUGUAACCAUUGAAUCCCAGACAGUUGUUGACAACGUUGUUACUGAAAAAGACAUAUUAACUACAUUGGACGUUCAAAAUGAACCAAGUACUACACAACAAGAUUAUACUAUACAUGAAGUAGGAAUCACGGAAUCUGUAGCAAAUACUCCAGCAGACAUUUUGGAAAGCUUUACUCUUGCUAAUGAGCCUGGCGCAACAGUGGUUGACAUCGUCACCCAGUAA